AUGAAAACAACAGAGCCUGUUGCCAUUAUUGGCACAGGAUGCCGCUUUCCCGGUGGUGCUUUCUCGCCUGCGAAAUUAUGGGAGCUUCUCCAAGCCCCCCGUGAUAUUGCACGCAAAGUUCCGGCCAACCGGUUCAAUAUCAACGCAUUCUAUCAUCCAGAUGGAGAUCACCAUGGCACAACAAACGUUCAGGAGUCUUACUUCUUGGACGAGGAUAUCAAAGCCUUCGAUGCGGCCUUCUUCAAUAUCUCGCCAACAGAAGCCGUGGCAAUGGAUCCUCAACAGCGAUUGCUCCUAGAGACUGUGUAUGAAUCGCUUGAUGCGGCGGGGUUGCGAAUGGAUGCGUUGCAGGGCUCUAUGACCGGAGUGUUCUGCGGCGCUCUUCGCAACGAUUACAAUCAGAUCCAGGCGAUGGAUCCCCAGGCAUUCCCAGCAUAUAUGGUCACGGGCAACUCACCGUCGAUUAUGGCCAACCGCAUUUCUUAUUACUUUGACUGGCAAGGUCCUUCAAUGACCGUUGAUACUGGAUGUUCUUCAAGUCUACUCGCUGUCCAUCUCGGAGUCGAGGCUUUGCAGAACGAUGACUGUUCCCUGGCGGUGGCAGUAGGGAGCAAUCUGAUGCUGUCACCCAAUGCCUACAUCGCAGACUCUAAAACACGAAUGCUGUCUCCGACCGGCCGGAGUAGCAUGUGGGACAGCAAAGCUAACGGCUAUGCACGUGGCGAAGGAGUGGCGUCGGUUGUUUUGAAACGGCUGCAGGAUGCAAUCAAGGAUGGGGACCCCAUCGAAUGCGUGAUCCGCGCCUCCGGAGCAAAUUCGGAUGGGCGAACCAUGGGGAUCACCAUGCCUAACUCCAAGGCACAGCAGUCAUUGAUCCUCGCUACCUAUGCACGCGCGGGCCUUUUCCCUCAAGACAGGCCCGCAGAUCGGUGCCAGUACUUCGAGGCCCACGGUACAGGGACCCAAGCCGGAGAUCCCCAGGAGGCAACCGCAAUCCACUCAAGCUUCUUUGGGCCUGAAUCCGUCCCAGAUCCGACCAAUCGACUGUAUGUGGGAUCAAUAAAGACCAUCAUUGGACAUACAGAGGCCACUGCUGGACUGGCGGGAUUGAUUAAGGCUUCCCUCUCGCUGCAACAUGGGAUGAUCGCUCCUAAUCUCCUGAUGCGGCAGCUCAAUCCAAAGAUAGAACCGUUUGCCGCUCAAUUAUGUGUUCCCACGGAGUGCAUCCCAUGGCCUGAAGUUCCAGAUGGUUGUCCUCGCCGAGCCUCAGUGAACUCCUUCGGCUUUGGGGGUGCCAAUGUGCAUGUGGUUCUAGAGAGCUACACGCGCCGCGAGCUCAACCCGUCCAACAAUAUCCCCUCCAGUCUGCCCUUUGUCUUCUCUGCUUCCUCUGAGCGGACACUGACACUUGUCCUGGAGUCCUACGCAAGAUUCCUUCGGGAAGAUACAGCAGUCAGUUUUGUUGGUCUGGCGCUAUCCUUGUGGGUUCGACGUUCCACUCAUCGCCACCGAUUGACGCUACCGGCGCACUCCGUGCAGGACUUACAAGACCGGAUUGAUACAGAACUCAGUCGAAGGGCCACUGGUAAACCCUCCUCUAUUGUCUUUAGAUCCAGCACUCGGCCCAGGCGGGUUAUGGGGAUCUUUACGGGUCAAGGAGUCCAGUGGCCGCAAAUGGGGCUCGAUCUAAUUGAGGCAAGUCCCCAAAUUCGACAAUGGAUGGGUCAUCUGGAGGAAGCUCUCAAUGAACUUCCUCUGGAACUCCGUCCACAGUUUUCUCUUCUCAAGGAAUUGUCACAACCAGCAUCUUCUUCGCGUGUGGAUGAGGGUCUUCUUUCUCUUCCCUUACGAACAGCUUUACAGAUCAUGCAAGUCAACAUCCUUCGGGCGGUAGGUAUCGAGUUUACCGUUGUUGUUGGCCACUCUUCCGGCGAGGUUGUCGCAGCCUAUGCCGCGGGUGUGUUGACAGCAUCAGAUGCGAUCCGCAUUGCAUACCUUCGGGGAAAGGCCAUCGAUGAGUCACGCGAUCCGACAGGCCGGAUGAUGGCUGUGAAUCUGACGUGGCAGCAGGCACAGACGAUUUGUGCUUUAGAAACCUAUUCUGGACGUGUAAGCAUUGCCGCCGCUAAUUCGCCCUCCGGCGUCACCUUAUCAGGUGAUGCAGAGUGCCUGCGCGAGUUGGAAUGGCUGCUGAAGAGCCUAAGUCUCACUCCUCGUAUGCUUCGAGUGGAUACUGCAUAUCACUCCCCCCAUAUGAAGCCAUGCGUAGAACCCUACCGCGAGGCAAUGAAAGCUUAUCCUGUCGUGCUGAAAGCAUCUGUCGCCCGCUGGUAUUCUAGCGUCUACCCCGGAAACGUCAUGACUGGAUAUGACCAGAAAGAAUUGAUGGGGGAGUACUGGAUCGAGAACAUGCUGCGUCCUGUACAAUUUUCCCAGGCGCUGGAGGCCGCUGUACGAGACGCUGGACCACCAGAUCUCAUCAUUGAGAUCGGGCCACACCCAACACUGAGAGGGCCUGUCCUACAAACCCUGUCUAAAAUGCACUCAGCCCACUCAAAAAUUCCUUACAUUGCCCUUGCUGAGAGAGGGAAGCCCGGCCUUGAUACAUGGGCAAUGGCCCUGGGAUCGUCCUGGGCGCACCUAGACCCCAAUGUCGUCCGCCUCCCAGGGUAUGUUUCACUCUUUGCCCCAGACCAGUCGCCUGCGCUGGUAGACUCGCUACCGCUGUAUCCUUUCGAUCACUCUCAGACAUACUGGGCGCAGUCGCGAAUGUCAUUGAAAUAUAGCCAUUGUGUUACACCUCCCAAUGCACUCCUUGGUACUCUCAGCCCAGAGAAUGGAGCAGGAGAGUUCCGUUGGCGAAACUACCUGCGACCAGAGGAGCUACCUUGGUUGGCGGACCGUCUUGCUGGAUCAAUACCUGUCUUCCCCGAGACUGGAUAUAUAUCGAUGGCGCUGGAAGCAGGGAGGAUAGUGGCACAAAGCCAGGGAUUGCGCUUGCUGAACAUUAAGGAUUUAAUCGUCCAAGCCCAACUCCCCAUCCAGAACAGUCCCAUCGGCACGGAGGUGCUUGUCACCGUGAGUGGUAUUUACUCGCAUAAUGGAGUCAUAUCUGCCGUGUUCUACUGCGAGGCCGCUGUGUCUGGGGAGCUCGUACAGUGUGCAACAGCCAAGAUGGUCAUGCACCCAGGCGAUCCAGAUCAUGGUCUCCUUCCUUCACAAGGCCAGCUAGCUCCGGCCUUGGGACCCGUCGACAUCACCAAGUUCUAUGACAGCCUGCGCCGAGUCGAAUAUCACUGCACUGGCCCUUUUUCUGCGUUGACAGGACUCCAAAAAAGACGUGAUCACGCCGCAGGAAGUGUUAUCGUUCCCCCGAGAGAGUCUAACGAGCCUAUCACUCUUCAUCCGGCUAUUUUGGAGCUUGCUGUUCAAACAAUGAUUGCUGCAAUUGGUGGGCCCGAGGAGACACUGUUGAUGGGCCCAUUCCUAUCCAAAACUGUCGACAGCACCUGGGUCAAUCCCGCGUUGUGUGCUUCUAGUUGGCAGAAAAAGGAAAUUACAAUAGCAAGCUAUUUGACUCACGUCGAUGAAGAUCAGAUUCGUGGUGAUAUCGACAUAUUUACGAUGAACGGGGAAAAGUUUGUCCAGCUCGAAGGUGUUUGCCUAGUAUGUCAGCCGUCUGUGAGUGCACCGAGCAAUGCACAGGUCCUUUCACAGACCGAAUGGGGGCCGCUUGAUCCCACACUUCAGAAGGCUCCACGCCAACUUCCCGCAGCUACUGUACAGCUACACACUCUUCGAGAGGAGCUUGCGCUACUGUAUCUCAAGCAGGCCAGCAAUGAACUGACUGACUCGGAGCGAAGUGGAUUGAAUUGUGAUGGUGCUCGUCUGCUUGCAUGGAUAAGCCAAUGUGUUGAGAAUUCUUGCCAAGGACUAGGUCUUGUAGGCGCACCCGAAUGGUUGGACCAGAACAUCGAGGACUUCAUGGCUCGAGUAAGUCCGUCAAUGAAGGACCCUAGCCUCAAAGCUAUCGCUGCGGUAGGCCAGCAGCUGCCCCGCGUCCUGCGUCAAUCGGGCUCUCAAAUAGAGGCCUGGCCGGCUGUCGAUGAUGAAAAUCAAUAUCUGCAGGACGAUAUACAGGUCUCGUACUUAGCAAAUGAGCUUGUAUCUAUCGUCAGCCAGGCGUGUUUCCGCUUUCCACAGAUGAACAUUCUUCAGAUCGGCAAAUUUGGAGGUCAUGUUCACUCCGAAUUGAAGAAGAUCGGUCGGACCUACCGGUCAUUUACCUAUGCAGCACUAUCCGCUUCUGGCCUACAGGUAGCUCGGGAUAACCUUGAUCAAUCUAGCGAGGUGGCGCACAAAGCCUUAGAUAUCAGUGAGGACCCUAUUGAGCAGGGCUACCGGGAGAAAUCCUAUGAAAUGGUGCUAAUCACAACUGCGGUAUUCCUACGAGAGGCUGCGGUGGCCCGUAUCCGUCGCUUGCUCAAGCCUGGCGGAUUCCUGGUUCUACUCGUUAGAACAAAUCCCAGCACUACAUACUUGAAUGUUCUAUUCGGCCCUCCGGCUAUAUGCAUAGAGACUGGAAAGGGCUACUGCACCAGUGAGCAAGUUACCACCAGGGAGCACUGGGUUGAUCUACUGUCUAAUAACGGGUUCCGUGGCUUGGAAUCGCCCAUUGCACCCCGAGAAAUUGCAAGCUUCGAGGAUUUUUCACUUCUUCUCUGCCGGGCCCCAAACAACAAUGCGGGAGCAUCGCCCCGUGGGGGUCUGCUGCUGCUUGGCGAUGGUGCCGAGGACGCACGCUGCCCUAUGUCAGAACUUGCUGGAUUAGUGCAGAGCGAAUUCAUUCAAGUCUUGCGUGCACCGUCCCUGGAUCUCAUUUUGGAUGACGAUCUUUCUGAAAUGACUGUUUUGUGCCUCGCCGAUGGUCGAGAUCUGACCGACGCUAGCCUGAGCGAGCUGCGGAGACUAAUCACAAUCUGUAAGCGUAUGCUAUGGGUGACAUCAGAGAAUAUCGAUCGCCCUAGUUCUGAACUAGCAAAAAGCCUCCUUCGCAGCGUCCUGGCCUCUGAAAAGCCAUCCUGUCAGCUGCAGCUGCUACAUGUCACAGAUCCGGCUGGAGCGUCAGCGGAAGUCCUGGCAACCGCCCUCGAACGUUUUGUUAGAGCCAGUACAGCUCAAGAAUGCCCUGAUUCAGAUGGACUGGAAAAUGUUGAGCCUGAAAUUGAAUACGACGGCUCUAUGUUCCGUAUUCCUCGUCAAUACCACGACCAUUCUACUGGGCUGCGCCAUCUGGCCAGGCACCAGAGGGUGACAGACUACGUGGACCUGGGCAAGGGAAUCGUACAGGUUCUUCCUGCGACCUCUGACAAAGCCUCUGAAGGGUUCCGCCUUCUCUCGAUGGUUGAUCCGCCUGUUAACACAAGCUAUGGACCAACUCUUUCUCUACGAGUGCGACAUUCCAGUCUUGCCGCUGUGCGAGUAGCAGAGAACACGUUCCUGUGGGUAGUCAUAGGGCAGGACCUGAGCAGAAAUAAGAGAACAAUCGCUCUGUCAUCUCACAUUGCAUCUCAGGUCAUUGUCCCAGAGUGCUGGGCCUGGUCAGUGCCAGACACGGUCUUGGAAUCGCAUGAGCAAUUUUUCCUCCGCGCCACAGCGGCUGCUCUGCUGGCGGGAUACCUGGUCGAGCAAGUUCCCCAAUCCGGGACGCUUGUGGUGCACGAAGCCGACCGGGUCCUCCAGUCUAUCUUCCGUCAAAUACCGACACGGCGCGGCGGCAAAAUCAUAUUCAGCACCAGCACCACCAACCCUGACAACGAGAGGCCGAUGCUACUACUGCAUGAGCAUAGCACCGCGCGGCAAUUGUCUCAAGUACUUCCCUCCGAUGUGUCGGUCAUGGCUGUCCUACAUCGCCGUGGACAGGGUGUAUAUGAGCGUGUGAGAUCGAUCUUGCCUGAGAACGCGGCACGAAUGCAUGUUGAGGAUUUCUACCUUGCCUCUGCAUCAAAAAAGCCAAUAAACGGGAAUGUAUCAUCGAUCAUAGCCACGGCCUUCCUAACCGCUUGCUUAGUGGCGUACACCAGCCUCGAGGCGCUCUCACCGAGUCCCGUGGAUUCGUUACCGAUUGAUAGGGUUUCUGAGUACCCCACCAUUGAUUGCCAGGAGGUCGUUGUAGAUUGGAGCUCUUCGACUUCGGUGCUCGCCCAGAUAUCAACGGCCAGCUCUCAGGUGCAGCUGUCGGAGAAGAAAACCUACAUACUCAUAGGUCUAGCUAGUGAAUUAGCCCAUAUUGCUUGUCUCUGGCUGGCAUCACACGGGGCAAAAUGGAUCCUCCUCGCUAGCUUCAGCUCUGAGCCAGAUGCGUGGUGGUUGGAAGAGGUUUCUCGACGGGGAACGCGCAUAGCUCUCUCGACAAUUCUGCAUCAACAUAUUCCUCAUGCGUUUCCUCCGGUAGUGGGAGGAUUGCUAAUCAAACCCCCAGCUCUACCCGACUGCUCCUUGUCCCAGCUCACUACGGGACUACUCCAAAACCAUCUACAUCCAGUUUUGAGGGGAUUGCAACAGCUAGACGAGCUUCACAGAACCCCAACUCUGGACUUUUGGGUGCUCAUUGGAUCUAUUGCAGGAGCUCUAGGCCACGCAAAUCAGGCAAUGACUACGGCCAUGUCUGCGAAAAUGAGCUCGAUAGUCCGCCAUCGUCGGGCCCAGGGCAGACCGGCGAGCCUCGUACAUCUGGGUGAGAUCCACGGUAUUGACAAUCCCUUCUCGAUAAAGGACUCUUGGUAUGGUCCGGCGGCCAUAUCCCAGCGGGAUGUCGACGAACUACUAGCUGAAGCAAUCCUCUGUGGGCGCUCAGAUUCGAUUAACAACGCUGAGUUCAUCGCGGGUCUUCGACACCAGAGCCUGCAGAGUGGUUGUAUGAUGUGUCCGGUGCCAAAGCUGUGGCCAUUCUACUCCUACACGGCCACAGCGAGUCAUGAUCAAAUGCCUUCAUCAAAUGAGACCCUAUCGACUAAGGAACUUGUGGCUGCGGCAACAAGCUUGGAGGAGAAGGCAGAGGCAAUCGCCAAACCUCUCAUGGAGAAAAUGCGGGCCAGUCUGAACUUGACUGCAGAUGCACCACUCUCCCCUGACACGCUCAUUCCAGAGCUCGGAGUCGACUCGCUUAUCGCUGUUGGGCUCAGCCAAUGGUUUACGAGAGAAUUGACUGUUGCCAUCGGAGUGAUUUUAAUUCUCAGUGGCGCAUCUGUGGGUGAUUUAGCGUAUGCAGCUGCUUCAAAGCUCUGCAAUGACAGCGUGGGGGCCUGA